AUGGAGGACCCUGAGAAGAAGCUGAACCAGAAGAGUGACGGCAAACCCCGGAAAGUACGAUUUAAAAUCUCUUCCUCCUACAGUGGCCGGGUGUUGAAGCAGGUCUUUGAGGAUGGGCAGGAAUUAGAGUCGCCAAAGGAGGAGUACCCUCACAGUUUCCUCCAAGAGUCCCUUGAACCAAUGGAUGGUGUUUAUGGGUCUGGGGAAGCCCCCAAACCCCGGUCGUACUCCCCUAAGCUGACUGCUCAGAGGAUCAGCGUGUUUCGAGAGGGUAGUGCCUACACCUUGGCGAGCAGCCAGCCUUUCUUCAAUGAUUACAAGGCGAAUGACCGGAAGUCCCCACCUGUUAUAGAUUUUGGAAAGAUAAUCAUCUACACGAAUAACCUGAAAAUCAUUCGAACUCCAAUGGACAAGAGAGAUUUCAUGAGGAAAAUGCUCCAGAAGGAAGAGGAGGCUGAGGAAGAGUCUCUGAUGAGCAAAGAAGAAAUCUAUGGAGACCAGAACGAUGGGCCUUUGGCAGAGACGGAAGGCACCUUCCCCCAUAACCAGUACCCACAGGAAGGGGAACUUCCCGAGGACAACUGUUUUCACUGCCGAGGAUCGGGCAGUGCCACCUGCUCUCUGUGCCACGGCAGCAAGUUCUCGAUGCUGGCCAACAGAUUUAAGGAGUCCUAUCGGGCCCUGCGGUGCCCUGCCUGCAAUGAGAAUGGCCUGCAGCCUUGCCAGAUUUGCAAUCAAUAGCCCGUGGCUUUGUAUGUCUGCUUUUAUCACAUCCUCCCUAAAGCUAUUUGUAAUCAACUGCCCCUCCUCCACCUUCUCCUCCCUCUCCCAGCAAGGAAGCCACCAUGGCUGCGAUCACUUCCACCACUGGCACAACUCAGUUACUCGAUGAUAUUUCGUGAGGCUGGUAACAUCUCCGUGUGGGUCUAAGUGGCAGAGGCAUUUUUGAAUUAGAAUCUGCUUUGAAACUGGUUCUAAAAUGAUCCU